CACGAUCGGGUCAUCGUUUCUUCACCUGUUUUUCCGCGAUCGCGCCUAUGUCCGAAGUAAUUUGAUGUUGCGCUUUAAAAAACGACAAAAAAAUAAGGGUGGACGGGCGAAUGGUCGCAGGAGAGAUUAGAAACGUUGACUGUAAGAUUAGGGCGCGCGCGCGCGCGCGUGCGACGUGGUCAAGGAAGAGAGAAGAGUAGAGGGAGCGGUGGUGGGCUAGUUAGCUGUGAGAAAAGUAGAGAUAGACAUUUUGGAAGGUCUCCGUUUUCAUCGAUUUCAUUGUAAUAAAAGACAUACGAAAAUUAAAAUUUUUUGAAAUAGGAAAAAGGAAGAAAAGAGUGACAAAGAUAAAACGUUUCAAGCGGUUGAUUGAAAGAGAGCGAGAGUGAGAGAGAGGAAGGGAGUGAGCGAGAGUGAGAGAGAAAGAGGGUGGGAGCGCGCGCGAGAGAGAGAGAGAGAAAGAUAGUGAGAUAGAUAGAGAGAGAGAGAAAGAAAGAAAGAAAGAAGGAAAGAAAGAAAAAGAAAGAAAGAAAGAAAGAAAGAAAGAAAGAGCCGUUAGGAGAGAAGGCGCGCGCGUGCGUGCGUACGUGCGCGCGGCGUUAAGAGACAAGAGGAGUGAUAGGCGACGGACGCGAUACGUCGCGGCUGCCGGCGGAACGUUACGAAGGAACGUUCGCGCGAAGAGAAAAAAUGAGCUGUCAACGUAACGCUGGCAAGAUCACGGUGCCGGAUGACCUUAGAGACGUUCUCUUGGAAUUUACGAUCAGUUAUUUGUUAGAGCAGCCCGGCGACAUAAUCGAUUAUGCGGUUGAGUUCUUCACGCGACUCAGGGACAAUCGUCGAACGCAGUUGAUUCAGCCCGAUGCGCAUACUUGUGCUUCGACACCGGACGAGUCCGUCGACGAAGAACCACCGGUCGGCAAGUUUGCGACCAGAAGGAAGAGCGUUUUCGCUGAAACUUACAAUCCAGAAGAAGAUGAGGAAGAAGACGGCGUUAAGAUGGUGCAUCCGAAAAGCGAUGGCCAACGACAAAGGUUAAGCGAAAGUGUCAAGAAUAUUCUUUUGUUUCGUGCUUUAGACGAAGAACAAAUGGCUGACGUAUUGGAUGCAAUGUUCGAGAAAACCGUUCAACCAGGAGAAUUUAUCAUUAGACAGGGUGAUGAUGGUGACAAUUUUUAUGUUAUUGAAAGAGGGAAAUUUGAAGUAUACGUUAAAGAUGCUAAUGGAAUAGAAACUAAUAUUCACACUUACGAUAAUCGCGGUGCUUUUGGAGAAUUGGCCCUUCUUUAUAACAUGCCUAGAGCGGCUAGUGUUAAAGCUGUUACUCCAGGUACUCUUUGGGCCAUGGAUAGACAAACUUUCCGUCGAAUUCUUUUGAAAUCUGCUUAUAAGAAGCGCAAGAUGUACGAGGAUUUGAUUAAUAAAGUUCCCAUGCUUAAAUCGCUCGAACCUUACGAGCGCAUGAACCUCGCUGAUGCUCUUGUACCGAAACAGUAUUUAGAUGGCGAGCAAAUUAUUAAACAAGGAGACACGGCUGAUGGAAUGUAUUUUGUUGAAGAUGGCGUUGUCAGAAUUACUAUAUUGGGUGAAAAUAAUCGCGAAAUAGAGAUUAAUCGAGUUCCAGCUGGAGGAUAUUUAGGUGAAUUAGCAUUGGUAACGCACAAACCUCGCGCAGCUUCGGCCUAUGCCGUAGGAGAUGUAAAAUUGGCCUUUUUGGAUGUUGAAGCAUUCGAACGUUUAUUGGGCCCUUGUAUGGAAUUGAUGAAGCGCAAUAUAGAUGAUUACGAGGAUCAAUUGGUCAAAAUUUUUGGCAGCAAAACCAACAUUUCCGACAUUCGAUGAACUAUUACGAAUUAGUAGAUGUCGCGCUGCUGUACCGAAAGCACAGUUUCGUACAGUAAUGUAUAACAGCACAAAAUUAUGCCACCACCUAUUUCUGAAUCUCAUCCGCGUAUUUCAAGUAUCGUCUCGAGUCGACUUUCGUAUGACUGUCCAAUGUCAGCUGGUAAGAUUCGCCAUUAAUAAUUAUCAAGUUUAUACCUGUGACACACUAAACAAAUUUACAAGAUGCUCGGUUCUUCGUACAUACAUCACGGUAUUAUAAUAACUUUUUAAGACUGUAUUAGAUCAAAAAGUAUUAAAAAUUUCGCCGUGCACUCACUCGCAUGGGAGAUUGAGAUCUGUUUAUGAGAGAGAGAGAGAGAGAGAGAGAAGAAAAUCAGCAAUUUGUAUAAUUGACAUGUGUAUAACGUUUCCCGUUAGAGCGUUGCUCGCAAUAAGAAAUACUCGGAAUCGUAAUACGUGAAAAAUAGUAUUGUUUUUUUUUUUUUUUUUUUUUUAAUUUAUAGUAGAACGAUUUGAGUUCUUUAAACAACUUAUACUUUUUCAGAAUGCUCGUCUAUGCCUUUGCAUAUUUUUGUAGACACGUAUUUCUUAUUUGAAAUAUAUGCUCUUAUGAAAGUUGCUUAAUCACGCUCGUAAGUAGCAUUGCAAAUCUCAGAGCAUUAGACAAAUUUUAUCGUGCUCUGUUCGAUGUUAGGCAUUGGCUAAAGUAUUCUGAUGUAGAAGAUAAACACGCUGAUAGUAUCUUUCUGAUCGUUUUGAUUUUUUACAUAUUGUAUAUCGAAAACUUGAUAUACUAUGCAAGACAGCUUUCACCAUAAUACGUACCUAUCUAUUAUGAUUUUUAUUCAUUGAAAGUACGAAAAGAAAAUAAGUAAAGGAGAUUGAAUAUGCAUUAAGGAUAUGCAUGAAAAUGUACAAAUAACUAUUGACACGGCAUGCGGAAAAAAUCAGACCGUGUCUUUAAUGCCACGUUUAUUAAAUACAAAUGAAGUUAGUAGAAGAAGGGAAGAUAACAAGAAAUGGCGUUUUGUUCAGUCGCGGGUAUGAUUUCAUUUCGAUCAUCGUUAAUCAUAUUUUUCGAGCAUUGUAAUCCUAUAUUAUUAUUUUAAAAUUACAACACAAUAGGAGGGGAGAAGCAAUUGUGUAUGUUAAAAGUAAUAGAGAGUACCAUUCUUGUUUCUUCCAUCGAAUAGUAGAUUUGAUAGUAAAUUUGCAAAGUCAAAGCAUUGUUCAUUGUAUAUUUAUUAUGUUGAAGAAAGUGAAAUGUUAUUGUUAUAAUUAUUCUAUUAUCGAAUGUUACAGAUGCACUUUGCAAAAAUAUCUUAUCUCGCUGCUUUUGUAUCAAAUUCUAAGUCAUAUUUGAUGCAAAUCAAAUAUAUUUCAAAGCAGUUUCUAUGUUCCUAAUUUUAUAACGUGAUUGUUUUUAAUUUUUGUUAACAAGCUACAAAGUAUCGAAGAAAAUAUAGCAGCGCACAAUUCUAUGCACACUUAUCAUAGAGAGCAUAUGCCGAUAAACAAUUGGUUAAAUGAUAGAACAUGCGAUCGAUAAUAUUUAUCGCACUAUUCUCACAUAGAAAUUUUUUUUACAUACAUAUAGUAAAACGUCUACUUUAUUGAUCGAUAAAUGGGUUGUAUAAACAUGGAUUUACAAAAGAAAUAUAUAUAUAUAUAUAUAUAUAUAUAUAUAUAUAUAUAUAUUAAAGCGGUAUAGGGAUAUUACGAUGAUAUCGCGAAUUAAUUUUCAUUCUUCUCCAUUGGUAUGAAAUUUAUCGUCUGCUGAAUUCUUUAUCGAGUUAUCAUUGUUAUUGCAAAAGAAUAGAUACGACAUUUAGGUGCACGCUGAUUUGAACAAAUGGACAAGCAAAUUAAUUUCUUUCAAAUUUGAAGUCUUAAGAAAAUCAUGAAAUUGGUGAGUUUAAAAAUUAUAAAAAAUACAUUCAGUAAAUUUAUCGAUACCAACGGAAGAUCAGGUUUGUUUUUACUGAAUAUUAUAGGACAUAUUGAAAAUUAAACAAAACGAGAAGACGUCAAAGAAUAUGAUCAUCAUAAUCAAAGUCAUUGAAUCAUCAAGCGGGAGUCGAUGUAUCUGUCAAAUUUCAUUUUAUAAAACCGUGUGUUUUAAUCCGAAAUAUAUCCAUAUAUUUCGUCUUUAUACAAUUUGAUGAGGAAUUAAGAAAACAAAAAUUUUUCAAAAUAUUUUUACCACAGGUGAAAUAUAUUAUAUAACUUUAUAUCUGGCACUCUUAUACCAAGAAGAAAUGAAUUUAAAUGCCCUACGAUCUAAUGUAUUAGUCGUUUGACACAAUCAGAUUGCAAUUUUUGCGACGACCAUAAGAUCCGUGAAAAAUGGUUUUUAUUACCAUUAAUUAUAUGAUCAUUACACGACUGAAAUAGAAUUACGCCAUUAGUUUUCUAAAUAAUAUCAUUAUCAUAAAUAAAGAAAAGGAGAAAAAAGUAAAAAUAAAAUAGAUCUGCAUAAUCUAUUUUAGAACGAACAUUACGUUGUCGUAUUUUUACGAAACCGCUUUCGGUACAUAGAUACACUUGUUCAUGUUCUAUGUCGACAGAUAAAAUGUUCGUAUUAUUCACAUUAUAAUUGUAUGUUCCCUGCAAAUGCCUUUUUUAUGUUUGUGAUAUUUCAGUAUUCAUUGUACUGCAUUCUCCGUUUUCGUUUAUUUUCAAUAAUCCUUUGUAGUCUUCCGUUAUAUUUUUAAACUGUGAUAUUAUUUUUGAUGAAAUAUGUAAUUUGUCUCUUAUAACUUCUUUUAUUCGUUAAAAUGUACGAAUUCAGAUCAAACAAUUGGAUAUGAAAGAUUCUUUCCAGGGCCGAAAGAUCUUAUAACGAUCCAGGAAAAAAUAACAACUCCUUUACUAUUGAAUAGAAUAACAAACAAAAAAUAAUAAGAAAAAAGUCGAUAAUAGAAAGAUGAUAAUUAAAAGAAAAAAGAAAAAAAAAACAUAAUUUAUGCACCGAGUAUCAUGAGUGUAGUUAUCUCUCAUAUUUGUGUCAGAUUAUAUUCGAUAAAUUAAGUGUCAAUGCUUCGUAGAGCUAAUCAAAGCCGAAUUUCAGAAUAUUACGUGUAUUUAAAUAAUGUCAUUUGUCCUAUAUGUUGCGUGUUGCCCUCUGUAUAUAAAUGUACGACGAUCGAUUUAUAAUAUCUUAAUUUUUAUGCACAGUCCAUCGUUUGUUCCCGCUUUUGCUUGCAGUGCAUAUACUUAACGUCUUCAUUCUGUAAGAACACGCGUGUGAUCUUCGUCGAUCUUUAAAAUUUCCUCUUUAUUAUCGACGUAGUAUUAUCAAAUAUAAAUUUCAUCGGUAUUAUUUCUACUAUUCCACUCUAUUCGAGCUAUAAGGAUCGUCAUUUUCUCUAUUUCGCUGGUCUCCUUGAAAGGACCGUAUAUACUAAUAACGACCAAGCGCAUCCUUUGCAAUGAUAAAUGAUUGGGAUUUUGUCGUAUUUUCCUCGAUAGUCUAUCGCAGAAAAAAAUGAGAAAAAGUAUGAAACGAUAGUAAAAAAAGAAAAAAAAAGAAAAAAAAAACAAGAAAAAAAAGAAAAAACCGAAUACGGGUUCACUUUCCAUACGAGAAUGUUCUUUUUGAUUUUUAAGAUGAUGUUUAAUGCAUUUAACGAAUUUUCUUAUUUUACAUUGAAUCAAGAUCUAUGGAAGAAAGUGAUCGAACUUACGACUAUUUUUGUCUGUCAUAUCCUUGUUCUUUCUGUCGCGAAUAAAAUAAUUGAUGCAAUUGUGUGUACGUGCGUGCGUGCGCGUUAUAAAAUUAUAUGAAUGUACCAAAAAAUAUAAACAUACUUAUAUAUGUACAUAGAUGCGCGCAUAGUGCGUACGCACGCAAUUCUUAAAAGAAUGAUGAUUGUAUCUAUGUACUAAUCGGAUAUAUCAUUCUCCCUCUUUUAAAUAUACAAAAUUCGUGAAUAAACUCGUUAACUAUCACUACGAGAAUUUCGAUUACGAUCGAAAGUAAUUUUUAAAUUAUCUGACGAUCUUUCUAUGUGUAUCAUACUAAAGAUUCUAAAUAAUGAAGAUUCAUUUAUUUCUUGAACGGUAAUCGUUCUAAUUUUAAUUUUUUUUCGAAGAAGAGAUAAGAAAGAAUCUCCUUUUUUGCUCUUGUUUUUUUAUUAACUUCACUCUUGUACCAUACCAAAGUUAUAAUUAAACGCGGAAAAGAGUGUUAAGAUACAAUAAACGUUUAAAGGACUCGGAAUAACCAAAUAAGUAAAUAAAAAAUAUAUAUAUAUACAUAUACAUAUACAUAUAUACAUAAUACGAAUAAAAUUAUAGUCCUAAGAAAUAUCAUCGUGAGCAACGCGUCUAAAGAGGGUAACACGUAUAUAAUACCGAUACGACGAUAUAUCGAGGAAUGGUUACCUUGUGUUCUAUUUAUGACGCAACGAUGCUGUAAAAGUCGCGUUGUGUGAAUUAUAAAACGAUGAAGAAAAGAAAAGAGAAGGAAGAAAAUAAGGAAGAUAAGAUGCGAGAAAAAAUUGCAGUAAAAAAAAAAAAGAAAAAUCGCAUAGUUGUUAUUCGAUGUGCAAAACCAAUGGAUAUAUUUAUCCGAUGUUUAUCCCACUGAGGAAAAUAAAUUUCCUCGGAAAAUGCUGACUCACGAAGAGAAAUGUAUAUGAAAGUGAGCUCUUUGUGUUCCCUUUUCUCCUUUCCAAGAAAAAACAAAAAAAAAACAAAAAAAGAAAUGAAAAGAAAAUAAGAAAAGUCAUUGCGAUGCUGUUGUUUGGGAAGAUCGAGCGUAGAAAAGAGCUGAUCGAGAGUUAGCGCGUAACAGGGUAUCGGAUAUUAAAAGAAAAUAAAAGAAAAAAAAUAUAAAAAUUCAUAGCGAAGCCGGCCGAAAUGAAAGAGAAAAAAAAAGAACUAAUCUUGUUUAACUCGCUGUAGUAAAGUGUUAAACAUUUUCAAUUUCUGCCCUAUUUCUCAACAAUUGAUUUUAUCGAUUAUUCCUAAUGAACUAUCGAUCAAGAGAAAGGAUUAACAUCGUUUCUUUCUUUUCUAUUGUAUCAUUUACUCGAUCUUGCGACUGGGAAGACGCAUCUGCUGCACGUCCGAAGCGAACCAUACAUAUACAUAUAUAUGUAAUAUAUACAUAUAUGUGUGUGUACGCGCGUUUGAUGUGUGUUUGUGUGUAUGUUUGCGUGCGUGUGCAUGAAUGUACGUACGAGUGCAUGUGCAUGGGUAUAUGCGUGUGCAUGAUGUAUGUACGAAUGCAUAUAAUGAUCACAUAUAUAGAUGUGAUAUAUCGCUUUGGAAUGACUAUGUUCGUCUGAUCUAUGGUUAAAAACCAAAUAGAUUUUGUAUUAUACGGCACUGCGUAAGGAUAUUUCGAAAAUCAUUGACUGUAGUAUAAAUUAAAAAGUUAAAAAAGAAAAGAAAAAACAAGAAUGUACGUACUUAACGUCCCGUCUUAAUUUCGCGAUGUGUUGUAGCAUGUACAAGCACUUAGGUGAUAUAUAUACACACACAUAUAUAUAUAUACAUAUUAUAUAUAUAUAUAUAUAUUUUAGAGAUGUCGAAUAUAUGUCAAAACUCGUUUCCAGCUGGUCUGAUCGGGUAUUACUCUAAUAUAAUUACUAUGCGUUUAUAACUGGCAGAGAUGCGAGUAGCAAAUUAAUCUUUGUAAGAAUAACAAAAAAAGCGCAUGCAAUCCGAAGAUUUGACGUAUGAUGAGUAUAAUUAAAAUACAUUUAUGAACGUUUGUCUAUGCUGUUUUUGCGAACAUUUGAGUAUGAAACGAGGAGUCCGAGAUUUCUGUAUCCACCCUCAUUCGAUGAAUAAAAAUCUUCCAUGAUACGAAGAACGUCAAAGUUAACAAAAA